UGCUGGAAAGCAACAAUUUCUCAUUCACCACCUGAAUUAAUUACGUUAUUGACCGAAGCUGAGGCAAGCAGCCAGCCGGGCACGGUGGGUCUGAAUGGGUGUCUGUGAGGGGGGGAUGUACCGCAGGGAGCGCGGCUGAAUCGCCUCAAUCAGAGCGCGCGCCUCCGUCGGAUCUCCUCUUCCUGCCGUCACACCCACGCGCGCCAAGCAGGUUCACUCCGUGGGAGAGAAAAAAAAGGGGGAGGACCGACAGCUCAGCGGAGACUGCUGCAGUACGAGCUCAGCGGGAGACUCGGAAGCGGAGAGAGAAAAACACACACACACGUUAACAUUGCAGGUUUAUUCCCCAUCCUGAGCCCUGGUCUAUGGAGAGAUCUGCAGCGACGCCAUAGCGACGCAGGCCGACAUGGAGGAGUAUUUGCGGAGGGUCCAGAGCAGGCUCGGGGCAGGUUUACCUGGAGGUCCUGUCCAUGCUGUCUUAGGAGGACCAGAGCCUGAUGUGGACACUGUGGCUGCAACACUGUGUUUAGCACUACAUCUCAGUCAGAUGCAACCCUCAGGUGGAGUAUGUGUACCCUUGCUGUGCAGGAAGCGGUGCAGCAAAGAGUUGCCGGAGGAGACCGUCAGAUAUCUACAAAGAGUGAAAAUUAGUGAGAGCUUGUUGUUCUGGAGGGAGGAUGUAGACCUUAUGAAUCUCCACCAAGCUGGAAAGCUUUUGCUCAGUCUGCUGAGAGACGGAGUGCUGGAGAGCUCUGAGUACCACACUUUGGAGUCCAGCAUCCUGCGAGUUGUCCAUCAGGAUGGGCAGCGGGACGCAGUGGAUGAUGGGGCACUGUCCGCGCUGACAACAGUUGCAAGAGAGAUUCUUCAAGAAGCAGCGGAGCAGAGCAGAGCACCGCUGAGGGAGCUUCUCAGAGAUGCCUUGCCGCUACUUAAAGAAGCUUUAUGGAUCAAACGUGGCCAUGGUCCAGAAGAACUGGAGGACGUUUUAAGAUCAUUGGAGCAGUGGGAUGAUGCCACAGUUAAUCUGCCAGAUAAAGUGAAGCAAAAAGAGUUAAUGCAGCUGCUGAUGAUGGAGCUGAAGGAGAUUACGGAUGGAGAGAUGACUCUUGCAAUCACGUCACUGACCACAGACAAGGAGGACUGGCAUGAAUACAGAGAUGACCUGAAAUUGUUGUGUCACCAGAAUGACUAUGAUGGUCUUGUAGUGGUCUUGUCCAUCAAUGAUACAGUUCAUCAUCCCCGCCAGCAGGUGGCUGUCUACUCAAGCAACACAGAUAUCUUAAACCAGGUCUGUGCUGAGUUGGAAGUUUCCUGCAGGUGGUCUUUUUCUGGUGAACUAGAAGAAAAGGAGGAUCUUCAGGUCUACCACAUUCCAGUAAGCACAUCCGCAUCUUCUAGCACACUUCCUCUGCUGCUGCAAGACAUCCGAGGCAUCCUAAAGGACUUUGUUAACCAGCAUAGCUCAGUGCUGGGCUGCCACCCCAGCAGCAGGACCUCCUCUACAGAAGGAGUAGCGGGCAGCGUGGAGUUUUCCCAGGGAUCAUCCGGCAUCAACGACAUGGACGGAUCUGACACGGAGAGGGCUGAUGGAGGCAAUGGAGAUGUCGCAGCAGAGGCAAGGACUACUGCAGAGGUUAAAGACGAGACAGGAACUGUUGGAGUUUGUGCUGGUGGGGAGCAGUUGAGUCCUGACAGCGGUAUGACCACCAUCCGCAGCAGCCGGUCCUCCAAGGAGAGUUCUGUGUUCCUUAGUGAUGACAGUCCAGGUGGUGAAGGUCCACCUGGAGGCCCAGGGGUGCUCUUUCUAAGGAACUCCUCUCCUCUGGGCUUUUCAUCUCUCUCCCCCCCUGUCCCACCUGAGAGGAGGAAGCACCGCUCUGGCAAAAGCAAGACAGAUAAUUUCAGUUUUGACCCACUUCAUAGCAGGGACCAGCGACUUCCGGCAGAAGGAGAAUUAGUGGAUGCUUUAGAGGGAAUAUAUGAAGGUGAAAGAAGAGCUGGAAGCUCAAGCUUAUCAGAACUUGAUGAGAUGAGCCUGCUUGAUUUCUCUGCUCCAAACUCCAUUGGCGGCCUUGAAAGUAGAAAUUCUUCUAUUGAUCAUCAUGGUCAGAUGUAUGCGAAUGACAUGAUGGACACAAUGAUUCCUCCAACCCCUGUGAACAGUCUGGUUGGUAGCCGUCCUCCCAGCAGUUGUGGUGUCCGGUUUUUCCCAGAAGAUGUAGUUGAGAGGAUCAACGGCCUACAGCACAAAGACAGUGUGUCAUCUUCCUUAUCAGAAACUUGGGAUGACCUCAGCAGUGAGACUCAAGGAACAGUUUCCUCCACUGAUAUUAGUGCAUUGAAUAAGCUCCGAAACUCAGGCAGUCCCCAGACUGUUGUAAGUGAAGUUAAAGACCUAGCAGGUUACAUGAGUGAAAGAGAUAGUGGAGACCAGAUAUCAAAGCUGGACGCUGCCCAUCAGAGAGUAAAAACACUUGAACCUCAGCUUAGUUUAAGUACUGAGCCGACUGAAACAAGUGAAACCUGGAAUCCAGACUAUGUAUUCAAGGAUCAGUGGGAACCUGCAACUUUGGCUGAUCUCCACUUAACACCACCAGAAGAUAGAGUGUCUUUGAAAUCCAAAGCUGCCAUUACUGUAGAAAAACAAACAACACACUCUGCAUUGGGAAAGAAACCCAUCCCAAACACUUUGACACUCAAAGAAGAUGAAGUUAAAAGACGAGACCAACAUACUGAACACUUAGACUUUUGGACUUACUCAGCUCAAAAGGGAUUUCUGAAAUCAGAUAGCAGAAUCACCACCUCCUACCCUGAGUCUCUAGAUAUGUGGAAUAUGACAAUCAGGGACGACAGUAUUUCACCUCUGACUACCCCUGACAAUCUGUCUGAAAGCUUAGCUUCCUUCUGUGGGCGAAACACUAUUAUGGAGAAAGACACAUCACUAGAAAGUCCACUUGGAUACUCUGAUGGUGGUAUGGCAAUGUGGAACACCACCAUUCAGGAAGAAAGCUCUUCUGCAACAACAACCCCAGAAGGACCUGAACAUGAAAAAGAUCUGAGGUGUGGUAGAUCCUUGGUGUCAAAUGAUUCUGCUGAGACAGAAGAAAAGUGUGACCCUACACCACAAGAUCACUGGAGGGGUGUUGAGCACAAUGUGAAAAUAGUGAUAGAAACAGCUGACAGAGAAUCACAGGGGGAAGAAAUAGAUGGUAAUCCUAUGCAGGGUUUUCAGAAUGAGUCUUCCGAGACUGGAAAUGAGAACUUAGUUUCUAUAUAUUCAGAUUUUGAGCCUUUACCACAUGGAAGCACUGACUUGUGGGGAUUACCUGUUCAGGGUAUGGUCACAUCCACCUCUGAAUAUGACAACGUUGGAGACGGGGGAUUUAGCCUUGCAUCCACACCUGGUGACAGUGCUAGCCCUGUAGUUGAUCUUAUACAGAUAGAGGAGCAAUCUAGCCCUUUUAUAGCUAUACCCAGACAUGUUCAGAAGCAACAUCAGACAGCUGAACCUCUGGGAGAAACACAAGCAGAUCCAGACAGAGACCAGAUGGCAAACCAUGUGUUUGUUUUUGACAAAGAGUUGGCUGACCUAACAGGUAGUAAAGAAAGUCCAGUUAAAUAUAAGUCCAAAAUGAUAGGCAGUGACAACUUAGACGAUUUUGAUUGGACUGAUCAAUCUAGCGACUAUUCUCCAUUUCUUUUGGUAGAUAACUCUACAGCCUCUCUUGAAGUGUCAGAAAUACAGAGAGAAGAUUCUGAAAUUCAAGUAAAAACUCACAAAUCACUAUCCCUAAUGUACAUGGGGGGAGACUAUCCUUCACCAAACAGAUAUGAUGACUCAUCCUCAUCAAUAGACCUAGACAGCAAAAUGGGCAACACUGUAGAGGACAGGUCUCGAGCUAAAAACCAAGAUCUGGAACAAAAAGAAAAUGAUUCAAAUGUAGGAGACAAAAUAGCACAAGGUACAUAUUUAAGCUGUCACUCCACAGAAGAAAGAGAGACGCCAAGCAGCCCCAACAAACUUCAAUCAGGUCAUAAGAUUAACAAUGAGUGUAGUUCUGAUUCAACGGUACAAAUAGGGUACGUUGUCAUGCCUGGCACAAAAAAGGAAACUAACUGUGAAUCAAGUGAUAGUAUUACACAAGAUAACAAGCCUUCUAAAGGAAAACAUAAACCCAUGGAGACAUUCAGUAUGCUCUCGUAUGCUGUUGCUGCACUGGGAUCUCGUGCCAAAACUGCAUAUGAUGAACACCUGGAUAUUAGUCAACAAACCUGCCAGCAACACACCAGAGGAGCAGAAACCAAAACGGCACCAUCUGAAAUAACAAAACCUUUCCAAUCCAACCUUGAUAAUACUGCUGAUAAUCACCUUCUACCAGGAAUCAGCAUUUCUGACCAGUUACAAAACAGUUAUGAAGCUUUGCAAAAGUCAAAUUUUGAAACAGCAAAAGAAGAGAGCCCUGAAAAUAUGUCUGGCUCUGUGGCCAGAAGCAUGUCUCCUUCCUUAAGAUAUCCAUCAGAUCACUUCCUGAAGACCAGAGAGGAAGUUUAUGUCCAUUCACAGAUCUCAAUGGAGGACUCAGAUGAAGGUGAGCAUUCACCACCAGCACCUCCACCCAGCGCAGCUUCUUUGGCUGACUUAAAACUUUGGGGAGGUCAGUUAGUCUGUCGGGACGUACCUGAAGCAACAUCUGAAGCUCAGUCCCCUGCACUCACUAACAGUUCAGUCUCUCAAAGCAGCUCUCCUAUUUGUUCCCCAUUGAAUGAAUUGUGUUUUUCCACUGAAAAACAGCUUGGCUUACCAUUCUCUGGAGAUUUAAUGGAAGAGGAACAUGAAGAUGAUGAUACAGAGUGUUCUGGCCUUCCAAAUAGUAGCAACAAAGAACAAGCUGAACGUAGAGAAAAACAAGAGUUCAAACCUCCUGAUCUUUUGAGUUUUACUGAGGAACUUAUUGAAACUCCAAUGUUUCAACAAACACAUUUAAAUUAUAUUGAACCAAAGAGCGCUGAGCUUCCAUUUAAAAGAGAAGACUACUAUGACUCGCAGCCUGUAAGGACUGAUGGGAAUCAGCUUACAGUUCAGGAAGCUUCUGGAGACCUUCUUUCACAUGUUUUGAGUAACAGAAAACCCCAAGAUGAAAUGUCCCAGCUCUCAUCUCAGCCAACCAAUGAAAAUGCUGCAUCUGAAUGGACAGGAAGUUUGAACACCACUCAGGGUCAAAGCAAGUACGGCUACAACUACCACCACAUCGACCAAAGAACUGAAAACCAGUGUUCUCACCCACCCUGCAUGGACGCCAAGCCUGAAUGUCAGCAGAGCGCCUCAGACGUAUACGCUGAGUUCACAACCAGUGCCCAGACUGAAUACCUCAGACCCAAGCAAAGCCAGCACCUGGAUCAUGCCCAUUUGAAUUAUCAGUACUUUACUGAUAACACAUAUGUGGAAGAGCCUAUGAGCACGUCUGAAUUCCAGUAUUCUCAGCACGAAGCUGCUGGACACUCUGCAGAGGGAUAUGUUCACGUUCUCCUGUCAAGAAACUCCCAGCAGGGAGAGGAUGACGCAGCGAUGAUGAAGAAGAUAAACCCCAAUGAAGAAGCAGCAGAGGAGCAGGAAAACAGAGAAGACCCCUCCUCAUCAGCAGAUACAUCAGCUGGGUCCAACCAAAGGAGGAAGCUUUCAGCACCGCCACUGAACUUGUCACUGGAACACAGUGAGGGGUCUCUUCUGUCAGAGGAUGCUCUGGACACAGAUGAUGAUACCUUGGAUACCGGGGAUGACCUUGAUGUUGAUGGGAUGGAAACACCUGAUGAGGCAGACUCACUUGAAAUAUAUAUCCAUGAGUCAGAGGAGACCGGUUUGGGUGCAGAAGCAGCUGCAGGUGAGGGUGCAGCAAAGCAUCGAGCAGAGGAAAAAGGAGACGGCCGGCUGUGGAGGAGUGUGGUGAUUGGAGAGCAGGAGCAUCGCAUUGAUAUGAAGUGUAUCCAGCCAUACAAGAGAGUCAUUUCUCAUGGAGGUUAUUAUGCUGAAAAAAAUGCCAUCAUCGUGUUUGCUGCUUGUUUCCUACCAGACAGCGACUGUGAUAAUUAUAACUAUGUCAUGGAAAACCUUUUUCUGUAUGUAAUUAGUACAUUAGAGCUAAUGGUGGCAGAGGAUUAUAUGAUUGUGUACCUAAAUGGAGCCACCCCUCGAAGGAGAAUGCCAGGCUUUUCCUGGAUGAAAAGGUGCUACCAGAUGAUAGAUCGAAGACUGAAGAAAAACCUGAAGAUGUUCAUCAUUGUUCAUCCUUCCUGGUUUAUUCGGACUCUGCUGGGACUGACUCGACCCUUCAUAAGUUCAAAGUUCAGCAGUAAGAUCAAGUAUGUCCACAGCCUGCAGGAGCUAGGAGAAAUAAUCCCAAUGGAAUACGUUCACAUUCCUCCCAGCAUCAUGAAAGUGGACAAAGGGAAAUCCACAGUGUGAGAAGACACUUGGACGCUGCCUCUUUUCUCCCUGCAUUUUGCUGUACCGUCUGCCACAGCAUGUUGGAGUAUAAAAGCUUGCAGCAUGAGGAGUACAGCACAUGGCUGUUGCAGAACAACUAAGUGCGAUUUAGAAAGGAGUGUGCCAGAAUAACAACGUAACAUCCUCUUUAUGGAGAGCUUCUGAGCACGCUCAGUUUUGGGAGAGGGUUGUCUGGUAGCCUACCUAGAUGGCUGAGACUGUCACUGUGCUGAAAGGGAGGGACUUUGUACUGUUUACAAAUCACCUGUGUUCACCAUCUUUUUCAGUUAAUUUAAAUACAAUUCACAUGUUUACAGCUAUACAAUACAGUUUUUAUACUCUUGUGUAGUUUCUGACGCCACGAUUGGAAUUCAGACUUAAUAUGCUUUGAUGUUGUGCUGAUGUAGCUCUCUAAGGAGACAUUUAACCUUUUUUUUUCUAAUUUCAGUUGAUCAGCUUGUGGAUAAAACAGUAAAUUGGUGUUAUUUUAUUAGCAGUGUAAUCAGCACUUGCUUGAUAUGAAAGUCAAGACUGGUUGCCUUCAUAACAGAGAGGUUGUGUUGAGUGAGAAUUUAACUUUUUUUUUUUCAGUGCCCACCUGUAAAUGAACACUUAUUAACAGAGCCGUUCAUCCAACACCACCCGGUCACUGUGAAAACCUGCCAAUGACACUUGAGUCUGCAAAAAUGAGUGUUGCGAAACAAAAGCCUCUGAGAACAACAAAUUCGAUUUUUUUUUUCCUUGUUUCAAAUAUGUUGCAUGUUUUCUUGGAAACCAAAGGGGACGGGGCUUCACAACUGGUGCCACUGCUAUGGUAAAUGUGAAAUGUGUGCAUAAUUCAAACACUAAUGUGCGACAGAAAGUGUUUUCAUUUUACGCUAUACAAACUAGCAACCACAGUGGAGGUUGAGUCAUGUGUGCUUUUACUUGUACAUGUUAAUAUGUAGCUAACUCUUUCUAUUCAUUUGUUGUAGAGGUCAUACGAUUGUGCACAUCAUUAAAUGCCUUUCCUCCCAA